AUGGCCCAUGAUGAUAAUUUUGAUGAAGUUAAACUCAUGUCUUUGGCUUUGGAGGAAGGCUUUCAUUGUGUAGAAGUUUCUCAGCUCUUUGGAGAACCUGGCUCAGAUUCAGGACCAUCUUUGAAUUCAAGUCACAGCACCACCUCUUAGUCUGUAGUGAAGGUGCUGUUGGCUGCCAAGUCAAGCAGCAUCCACUCCAGAGCAUCCACUCCAGAGCAUCCACAGCAGAUGUGGAUGAAGAAACCAAACAAAGUAAAGGAUAGGUGCCAUAAUUCCACUGAUACAAACCUUAGCAGUGAUGAAUACUUUGCAAAAGCUCUGAGAAUUACAUUUUUGGUAAAUGAAAUUGUGAGAAUGCCCAUCAACUCUUUCAACACUGUGCUAGCAAAGAACCAUCUGACAGACACUCAGGUAUCAAUCCUAUAUGACAUCAGACGAAGAGGAAAAAACCAAGUUGCUGCCCAAAUUUGUCGUAAACUGAAUAAAAUUUUAAAUUUGGAAGACGACGUAUGUAAUCUUCAAACACAAAAGGACAGCCUUAAAAAGGAGCACUGUCAGUGUAGUAGAUCAAUCAGCCAGAUGAAGCAAAAGUUAAACAACUUGUACUGUGACAUUUUCAGUAGAUUGAGGGAUGACCAGGGUAGACCUAUUAACCUGUGCCAAUAUAUCAUUCAUUGCAGUAGCGAUGGCAGUGUUUUCAUAAUACCCAAACACGUGGUCAAAUCAGAACAGAAACAAAAUAAGGAAAAAGAGCAGAAACAAAAAUAA